AUGGACGCCGCCGCCCGCAUGCGCGCCUUCGCGGCGUCGACCACGAUGCCCCUCGUCGACUUCUUCGCACAGCAGGACGGGCCCCAUGCUCUUGGAGGGAUCGUCUCUUUCCGCGCGCAGCUCGCGGAGCGCCUGACCGCCUCACUCGUGGGCUUGGCACCCACUGCGGCGUACCUGGGCAAGUCGCCCGGGGUGUACGAGUUCAUCCGCACGACGCUCAGCAUUCGCAUGCAUGGCGCGGAGAACGCGCACGACUUCAAGGAGGGCCCUGGGGUGGAAGGUCAGACAAUCGGCCAGCACAUCUCGCUCAUCCACGAGGCGAUCCGGGAUGUGAAGAUGCAGGACGUCGUAGUUGGCUUGUUCACUUGA